GAGAUCAGAUACGCUAGUGUCAUGAGGAGAGCACGCCUCCUUCAUAACAGUGAGAGAAGGAACGAGUGAGGAAACAGAAGGAGGGAGAGAGGAGAGAAGAAGAGAAGAGGAGUUAAAGGGAGCUGGAAAGAUUUUAGACACUGUGAGUGUGAUGGAUCCUCAGUAAGCUGCAGUUCCGGUUAGAGAGAGAGAGAGAGAGAGAGAGAGAGAGAGAGAGAGAGAGAAUGAUAGAUAGAGGGUGGGAGUCCAUGUGAAAAAGACCUUAGUGCAACUGUGUCUGUGUGUGUAUAUGUAGCUCGCGUGUGACUACAAGAGGUGUGCUGUGCUGUCAGUGCUGCAACACUACACUCUCUCUCUCACACACUCACACUUUCAUUCACACACACACACACACACACACACACACGUGCAGAUCUUCUACACUAAUUGCCUGAUGCCCUGUGGAGCUGGCGGACUCCAGGAUGGACGGUGCGCUCUGAGACUGAGGACGGCGAGUGCCGACACGCACAUGCUCAACCUGCUACCUGCCGAUUCUAUUACCCUGUAGGACAGCAUACACAUUCUCUCUCACUCUCUCUCUCUCGCACACACAUUUUUGCAAGCCAUGGAUUCACUCUCCAAUGACGUGGAGGGGCUGGAGAACAACUCCAUGAAGUACAGCAGGAACGAGCAGACGGAGAAAAUGUGGCUCCGGCUCAAGGGAAUGCAGAAGUACAAAACAACCUCUCAGAGGUUGAGAUGUCUAGUGAAGCAGCUGGAUAAAGGCGAGGUGAAUGUUGUGGAUCUCAGGAAGAAUAUUGAAUAUGCCGCCUCAGUGCUGGAAGCGGUCUACAUCGAUGAAACGAGACGCCUGCUGGAUACAGAGGAUGAGCUCAGCGAUAUCCAGGCGGACUCCGUGCCCAUGGAGGUGCGCGAUUGGCUGGCGUCCACCUUCACCCGGAAGAUGGGCGUCGUGCGACGGCGGCCCGAGGAGAAGCCACGGUUUCGCAGCAUCGUCCAUGCCGUACAGGCCGGAAUCUUUGUGGAGAGGAUGUACAGGAGGACGUCGAACAUGGCCGGGCUGACGUAUCCUCCAGCUGUGAUCCUUGCUCUUAAGGACGUUGAUAAAUGGUCAUUUGAUGUCUUCACGCUGCACGAGGCGAGCAGCGAACACGCGCUGAAGUUCCUGGUGUAUGAGCUGCUCACCAGAUACGACCUGAUCAACCGCUUCAGGAUACCCGUGUCUUCUCUGGUGGCAUUUGUGGAGGCUUUGGAGGUUGGCUACAGCAAGCACAAAAAUCCGUACCACAACCUGACCCACGCUGCUGAUGUCACCCAGACCGCACACUAUCUGAUGCUCCACACUGGCAUUAUGCACUGGCUCACCGAACUGGAAAUAUUGGCCAUGGUGUUUGCUGCUGCUAUUCACGACUUCGAACACACUGGGACGACUAAUAACUUCCACAUCCAGACCAGAUCAGAGGUGGCCAUCCUGUAUAACGACCGCUCAGUUCUAGAGAACCAUCAUGUGAGCGCCGCCUACAGACUCAUGCAGGACGACGAGAUGAAUAUCCUCAUCAACCUGUCGAAAGACGAUUGGAGAGAGUUGCGCACGCUGGUGAUCGAGAUGGUCAUGAGUACGGAUAUGUCCUGCCAUUUUCAGCAGAUUAAAACCAUGAGGAACUCACUGCAGCAGCCAGAGGGGAUAGACAAACCCAAAGCUCUAUCUCUAAUGCUGCACGCGGCGGACAUUAGCCACCCGGCUAAAGGCUGGAACCUGCACUACCGCUGGACUCAGGCUCUGAUGGAGGAGUUCUUCUUACAAGGUGAUAAAGAGGCAGAGUUGGGACUGCCAUUUUCUCCGCUGUGUGAUCGCAAGGCCACAAUGAUUGCCCAGUCCCAGAUAGGCUUCAUUGACUUCAUUGUGGAGCCCACGAUCUCUGUGCUUGUGGACACCACAGAGAAGAUCAUCACUCCUCUCAUAGAGGAAGCGUUAAAGUCAGGCGGCGUCCGCAGGAAGAGUUUAACAGCACGAGGUUCAGCUGCCGUGGUCGAGUCGGUCCAGAGACACAGUGAGCGAGACUCUGUGCCCACCGACUACUCACUUGCCGGCAUCGACCUCAAACGUGUCCAACACACUCUCUCCGAGAUCAUCCAGCGCAACAAGGAGCGCUGGAAGGAGCUGUCUGUACAAGAACUGGCUAGUAAGGAGCGAGAGCAGCGUUCAGAGCGUGAAGAUUUGACCCGUAAAACCGACGUGUCUGUGAUUCACAGCAGUCUCGAUUCUGAGUCGAAGUCCCUCAGUGAAGUGAACAACACUGACUCACUUCACUCGUCCCAGGACUCUUUAGAGCAAAGCACUGCGUCGCACAGUGCUGACCCGACCGAUGCCAGUCCCGAUGCCACUCCUGAUGCCAGCCCUGACGUCGAUCGGCCGUUACCGUGGAAUGGCAAAAGCGCCUGAAUGAAAAAGAAAAACCAUCGCAAUCUUCGCGAGCUCUUACACUGUGUGUGUGUACUGUGGCAUAAACCUCAUAAUCCCGUAUGGGUGCUGUACAUAGCACUGUGGCCAUUAUAUCCUAAUGCUACUGUUUCCUCUGCUCCUUGGGAAGGGGUGGGGUCAAGCAGACUGAUGUUUCCAUGACACCCAGCAUCACCAUGGGAGAUGCCGGGAUGCUGUGUUGUCAUGGCAAGGAGACGGAGCUCGGCCGGAAGCUUUGGGUAUCCAGAAAAAAAAAUGCAACGCUGUCUCUUCACCUGCAUUUUCUGUUUCCGUUCUUUACUUUUGUAAAUCAGCUUUCGUUUCGUUUUGUUUUCUAGUCAUUUGUAUUGGUAAUUUAUUAAAGAUUGUUCUGCUCCCCUUUAAGCCAUAAUCCAUUUCUUUUGUAUACUGUUUCGCUUGAUGCUAUAGACAGUCUGGAAUAACUCUGCAGGAAGAAACACUAAACAAAGACUGCAUUUUGACUACAAUGUGACUCUUUGCAUAUAUACAGAUGGGAAGCAAAAACGUAAAGAAAAAAAAAAGUUAUGCUCUGUCGGGCAUUUAUUUAUUUAUUUUGCUGUCAUGGUUUAGCGCCACUUGUCCUCUUAGAGUGAAGCGUCACUGCAAGUCAAUAUAAAGUUCGCCUGAAUGAACACAUUUAUCUUAAGAUGAAACGUUUCUAUCCCGGUGGGCAUGGUCUCUUCCGGAUGACUCCGCCCCUAUCCACAGGGUACAAGGGCUCACUGAAUGAUGGUGAAAAUGAUAUAAAUCAUUUAUCACAUGCUAUGACAUUCACACUCACCGGAUCUCAACAUAAUUGGAUACAUAUCUACUGGAGAUUCGGGACUGACAUUAGAUAAUGCCCUUCACCACUACUUAGAUUGUGCAUUCUCUGUUUUAUUUUUAGCAGAUUCUAGGGCAGCGUUGCAUUCCUCAAAGUAUUGGCAAUGCCCUAAUUCUGUUCAUAUGCCAGUCAGCAUGCCAUGGAAGUUUAGAAAGAAAUAGCGUCCGAGACUGAGACGUUUCUUUACAAAUGUGAACAAAUUGCUCAACAUAAUUGAUACAUAUCUAUUGGAGAUUCUGGACUGAUGUUAGAUAACGCCCUUCUCUAACAUUUAAUAAGAACGGUCAACAGUUCUAUUUGUAUUUUUCCGCAUGCAAUAGGUAAUAUAAUACGACUUCAUAGAUUAUGCAUUUAACGUACUAGCCAUUAAAAUCAGCUACUUAGCUAGCUAGCUACUAAUAGAAGUUUCGACUGGUCCGUAUAAGGCAGCCGUGUCAAACUUAUUUUAUGUAAGGGUCCACACUUUUUUUUUUUACACCAAAAAAUUUCUUUCGUUCUUUUAUUUUAUUUUUUCACGACCAAUUAUUCAUCAACAUCUCUAAAAUAUGUUCUUUGAUUUGCCUUUACAUGCUGAAAUAUUCAUGAUUAAGUAUUCCCCCACCCCCUAAAACCCUUUUAACACAUUAUGCAGUGUAACAUCUUGGAAGUAGAUUAUAUGUCAUGAGAAUAGCCCAUAAUAAGGAAGUUAGUAGUUUGCAAAUAAAAAUAGUAAAACUGGGAUUGCAUAAGUAUUCACCCCUGUUGCUGUUAAGAACGUUAUGAUGUACGAUAAAGUGUUAUAAACACAAUGGAUGGUUUUGGGUUCAAAAUGAGAUGAGGACCUUUGAAAGAUGCAGUUAUUCAGGCAGCUUAUUCAAACACACGUGUGUAUUUCAUAUCAUGGUUUUCUAACAUUGCACAAAUGUAUAUUAUCAGCUGCAGUUAUAUUAUCUAUUAUACACGUCACAAUAAUCUACGAAGCAUUAAAUAUUUUUUUUUAAUAAGCACAAGAUUUCUAUGAGUUUUUAGGGUGGAAGCAUUCCCGGGUUUUCCUUACCUGCCACACACACACACACACACACACACACACACACACACACACACACACACACACACACACACACACACACACACACACACACACACACACACACACACACACACACACACACAAAAACACACACACACAAA